UUUAACGAUACCGCACAAUCUGCAGCCGCUCACAUAUUUGGAUUCGUUAAAAAGUGAAAAAUCUGUUGCGGAGGGAAAACAAUCGGACUGCAAAUCCAAUAAGCCGUCGACAAAAGCCCCGUCUAAGCCACAAAAAAUAGAAGGAAAGGGAAAUUAAACGCAGCAUCGAAAACGAGGACAACAGAAGGGUUUUCGCCAGGAUUGCGUUCUUGUAUUUUGGACACACGUGCGCCGCGGCUGCGCCCGUGCCCGUGUCCUUGGCAGGACCUGUGACGUCGCCAGUAGGCUCCGGGUCCUCGACAGCCACCAUGAAGCUCUCCAAGCUGUCCAACCAGACCAACUCGCAGGACCCGCAGGCGGUCAACUCGCGCAUCUUUGUGGGCAAUCUGAAUACCUUCCAGUGCUCCAAAACGGACGUGGAGCGCAUGUUUCAGAUCUACGGCCGCCUCGCGGGCAUAUCCAUGCAUAAGGGCUAUGCCUUUGUGCAGUUCACCACCCCAUUCGAUGCCCGAAAUGCCUGUCACGGCGAGGAUGGCAAGACGGUCCUUAGCCAGACAUUAGAUGUCAACAUGGUGGCCGAACCGAAAGCGCAUCAGAUCGGAAGAAAACGGCAGAAUGUGAGCAAGACCGGAAACGAUUGGGACUACUUCUACGACAGCUACUGCUCCUCGGCGCUGUUGCGGGGCAGCGGCGGUGGUGGUGGGGGCGGUUCGAACGGAGUGCGGGCCAAGAAGCGAAAGCGCCUUAUGACCAACGGCGGCGGUCUGGCGGUGGCCGUGCAACAGCAACAACAGCAGCACGGCCAGCAUCAUCACAGUGCGGCCGCAGUGGCCGCUGCAGCGGCGGCAGCAGUCCAUCAGCAGCAGCAGCAGGCGCAGCACCAGCAGCAGCAACACCACCAGCAACAGCAGCAGCAGCACCAGCAGCAGGUGGCCGCCGUUGCCAUGGCGGCCAUGGCCAAUUUGUUGCCGCAACAGCAGUUGCUGCUGCAUCAGCAGAAUCUGCUCUCGAAUGCGGCGGUGGCUACAACGGCAACGGCGGCGCCGGGAUCCCUCCACUGGUCGCAAUACAAACAGGAGCAGCAGCACCACCCCCAUGCGCAUCCGCACCACCCGCACCACCAGCAGCCGUUCGGAUUCCAGUUGAAGAGCAGCGUGGCUGUCCAGGCGACGACAUCGCCGCAAAAUGCAAAGUCUGCAAUAAUUGCUAAUCAAACGGCGCUCGGCGAGCCAUAUCCGGUUGGAGCUGCCGCCGCCUUCGCCACCCAUCAGCAUCAGCAGCAGCAACAUCAGCAACAGCAACAUCAGCAACCGUUGCUGCAGCCGUUGACUCUGGCAUUGUCCCCACAGCAACCGCAGCCUCAUCAGGCGGCAACGCCACUACAAUUGCACAGCCAAUUGAUGCAGCAACAUCAACAGCAGCAGCAGCAGCAACAACAGCAGCAACAGCAGCAGCAGCAGCAGCUACAACAGCAGCAACAUGCUCAGGAGCAAUUAAGUUUGCAUCAGCAAUGGGGACCAUUCAAAGUCUACAGCAAUCCGGACACAUUAAUCUGCGGCAAUUGCCGGGAAUCCUUUGGCGAGCUGUCUGAGUUAUUGGACCACAAGAAAAGUUAUUGCAAGCUGAGGUUCACAUGCAAGUGCCAGGAUGUUGCCUUUGCGGCAAGUGCAAAGACUCCGCCGACGAGCGCCAAAUUGCUGUGCGCCGUUUGCAAGGAUGCGUUCGCCAAUCCUUGGGAUUUGAUGGUCCACGCACAGGCCGCCCACAUGGUUAACAUUUACGAGCUGGGCGAUGAUGAGGGCAACCCCACUGCCGCCGCAGCAGCCAUCACCACCGACAACAACAAUAUUGCAACGGCAGCCGUGGAGAAUGGACAUGCAAUCGCUGAUGAGACUGCCGCAAAGCAGCAGAUGCCGCAAAUGCAACCGGCCUCAUCAACACUUAACAAGGAGCCCAAUAACAAUAAUAAAAUUAGCAACAACAAUACAGAGGCCACCAACAACAACAAUGGCCACAUGUCGCCCUCGGGAACAGGCAUCAUUAUGGCAUCUUCUGGCUCAUCGGCAUCGGCCGACAAUGGAACGGCCAGCGACAUGGAGACCAACUGCCAGCUGGACAUCAAGUUCAGCCCCAGUGCCAGUCCCAAGGAGGUGGGUGAUAUGGCUGACCCCUCACCGCCUGGCAGAGACUCCCACUCCCUAAUGAUUCUCUUGCAGGAUCAGCACAGGGACGAUCUCUCGCUGGACGGGCGCAUGUCGAGCAGCUCCCAGCAGACCCAUCACUCGGAUGAGCUGAACGUCAAGUUGCUGAACGGCUCCGUCUCCUCGAGGGGCAGUUCGCCUGGGCUGGAGGCGGAUGAGCCGCCGGCCACCAGGGCUUGUAUUGUCCGCACUCUGAGCAUUGAGGCAACCGGCCCAGCCGCUGCGCAAACUGCCAACGCUUUGAGCUUGAUGUCGAACAGCUUGAGCCUGGCCCUCGCACCGCAAUAGGUCCAAGGUCAA